AUGUCUCAGAAGGGCCAAAAACAGCCGCCCAAGACUACGACGCCCAGUAGCGUACGAGCGCAGCCCGCAAACGGGAAUGCGAAGACUCCUCCCAGCGCUAACAACUCGAGACCCGGCUCGUUCUCUGCCGCAGACCUUAACCGCAUUGUUUUGGAAUACCUGAACAAAAAGGGGUAUCACCGUACAGAACAGAUGCUCAGGGUCGAAAGCUCGCGUACGUUAACUCCACAGAAUAAGCAGUCACCUGGGAACACCGCAACAGGCGCGUUCCCAGAUCCUGGCCAAGAUCCGUCGUCCCAGGGAGCUAGACCUGUAUCCAAUCCAGUCAAUGUCAAAAGGGACUCCGAUGGCAACCUUGUGUCACAACAGGCGAACAAUUCCCCAAGGCAUUACUUCUUGGCAUACUCCAUGUUGAAAAACUGGGUUGACUCCUCGCUGGACAUGUACAAGCCAGAACUGACAAGGAUAAUCUACCCAAUAUUUAUCUAUGUGUUUCUGACUUUGGUGGCCAAAGAUCCUAUCCAAGCCCGCCGGUUUUUUGACAAGUUUUCUGUUGACUACAAGGCGUUCCAUGCUUCCGAAAUAAACAAGCUUUUUUCGGUCAACUCUGUAGACCAUAUCAAGGAAAACGAGCUGGCUCAAGGCUUCCAAUCAAACAAGUACCGUGUCACUAUCUCCCGUACGACCUUGAAUCUGUUGCUGUAUUUCUUGAAUGAAAAUGAGAGUGUGGGAGGGUCUCUGCUCAUCAGCAUCAUCAACCAAAAUCUUGAUCCGAACAUUGUGGAGACAAUAACUUCUCAGGAAACCUUAACUGACGGCAUUAAAGACGUGUCCGCCGGUGCAGUGGAUGUGGAGUCUCAUAACUCUGUUCCCGUCAAGCUAGGCAGAUUCCCUAUUGAUGAGGAAUUUGCAAAGGAAGUCGAAACAGAACUUCAAAGGAAAGACGAACAGAGCGACGACCAGGGAGGGGAGCACAAGCAAAACAGUUUAGUGGAAGAAUUCAGAGAAAUGAAUAAAAUAUCAAGAGAUGAAAAGUCCGCUACUGAGGACGACAAAAAAGAGGCAGGCGCUGCCGCUGCCGACGCCGACAAGAAGGAAGAUCGCAAGCAAGACCCGUUUAUGGAUUCGCCGUCCCGCGAUGUUCUGCCUCUGCCAUCAAAGACUGCGUUAGAUUUGAAGCUCGAGAUCCAGAAAGUUAGAGAAUCUCGGGAUGCAAUCCGUCUGGAUAACCUACAGUCAUCUGCUCCCAGUGUUUGCAUGUACACAUUCCACAAUACGAACUCUGAAAUGACUUCGCUCGAAUUCAGCGACGAUGUGCGGCUGGCUUCUGCCGGUUUUCAAGACAGCAUAGUUAAAAUCUGGUCACUAGACGGCGAGCCGCUCAGUAGCAAGCUACCAUCGAAACAGGACGAACGCUCAAACAACGCCACUCUUGUUGGGCAUAGUGGUACGGUUUAUUCAACAGCCUUUAGUCCAGAUAACCGUUAUCUUCUCUCCGCGUCCGAAGACAAGACCGUGCGUUUGUGGUCCACUGACACUUAUACAUCUCUUGUGAGUUACAAGGGCCACAACCAUCCAAUUUGGGACGUAGCAUUUUCGCCUCUCGGCCACUACUUCGCCACUGCUUCCCAUGACCAGACCGCAAGGCUUUGGUCUUGCGAUCACAUCUACCCGCUGAGGAUUUUUGCGGGUCAUCUGAAUGACGUUGACACUGUGUCUUUCCACCCUAACGGCACCUACGUAUUUACUGGUUCUAGCGACAAGACUUGUCGCAUGUGGGAUAUGAGUACUGGCGACUCAGUUCGUUUGUUCCUUGGCCAUACUGCCCCGGUAACCGCAACUGCAGUAUCUCCUGAUGGCAGGUGGCUUUCCACAGGCAGCGAAGAUGGAAUAAUCAAUGUUUGGGAUAUUGGCACAGGGAAAAGGCUGAAACAAAUGCGAGGACACGGCAAGAAUGCCGUAUACUCUCUCUCGUACAGUAAAGAGGGGCAUGUCCUUGUUUCCGGCGGCGCAGACCAUUCGUUAAGGGUGUGGGACGUUAAAAAAUCUACUGCAGAACCCGGGAGCGAGCCUGAACAGCCCUUCACAAGUUUUUCUGGAGACGUAACGACUUCAGUGAACCAAGAUAUAAAAGAAUACGGUCGCAGAAGGACCAUCGUUCCCACAAGCGAUCUGGUGGCAUCUUUUUACACCAAGAAAACACCUGUCUUCAAAGUGAAAUUCACCAGAAGCAACUUAGUACUUGCAGGUGGCGCCUUUCGGGAGUAA